AGCCCUUUUUUGGCUGGUGAGCUCGCCUGGCUGAAACUGUCGCCGCUUUUGCUCCAGGUGUACAGGCGCUUUUCCAGUUUUGGGGCCUCCAGGCGAUUCGAUGAAGUCACUCCUCGCUUUCCUCCUGCUGCGAACGGCAUGGGCAUCGCCGUGGUGUGCCACCGGCAUCAAGAUGCCGGACUUCCGGGAGGAUGGCGGCCAGCCCAGCGUGGAGGUGAUGAUGGCGCAGAGCCCCCUCUUCUCGACCAACCCGAAUAUUGGGACCAAGCUCCAGUGGCUCAACCUCUACCACACCGCCCUGGUCUUUGCACAGAAGGUCCCAGGUCAGGAGGUGAAGAACUGGACGGUGGAGUUCGACUCGGUGACCAACGUGCUGGGGGCCAUCAAGCCGCAGAUCGAGGGAGACCAAGUCAUCUGGGACCAUGACGCGCGGUUCUGCGCCACCGAGGGCGUCUUGUGGGGGGAGGCACACUGGAGCAAGAUCUUCGAGGUGGUGCUUCGCCUCAACGCGGACCAAGCGCGGCGCAUCUUCACGGAGUUUAUCCCCGCGGUGAACGAGACUUCGCCCGCAACCAAGCCACUCUACCAGCUCAUGCGGGCGGAGAGCACUACAAAUGGGGAGACCUUAGUGAAGGACAUCACCUGUGGAGAUGGCACGAAUUGGAUCUUGAACUUCUGCAAGGACAAGCUGGGGGUGGCGCCCUAUCCAGGCUUCGAGUUCAAAUCCACCAACAUCGUUUUCCGUGCUGACCACUUGGAGCCCGUGGACGCUAACUCCCCGGAGGUGGUGGCCUACUUCACGGAGUUGUCUGACUUCCUGGGCCCCAGGACGACCGAGGAAACGGCGGUGCCUAGGUACCUGGAGUUUUUGUACUUCUCACAAGUCCACUACGUCUAUGACAGCAACAUCAAGACCUAUUACAAGGUGGAGGGCAACAGAUUCCCGUGGGUGGAAAUUCAGUAUCGUGCGCUGCCGUUGGAGAGCCCCAGGGUCUUAGAGCAACAGCCUCAUGGCCCUUUUCUGCUUUAGGCACAUAAGUUGCCUAGAAGUUUUGCACGGGGUUGCCCAGACUUUUUUCUUGAUGA